AUGAACUAAAUAGACCAAAAAACUAAAGGUAAUUUCCAAAAGAAAAAGCUAAUAGGAAAUAAUCUAAAUAGCAAAAAUCCAAAAGAAAAAUUAAAUAAGACAAUCUUAUUAUCUAAGUCCAAGAGAUAAAAUCUAAGACAAGUCUAAGUAGCAAUUUCCAAAAGAAAAAGCUAUAAGGAUGAAAUCUUAAACUAUAUCUUGGAAGACAAAGUUAACAAGAUAAUAUAAAUCUUAUGA